UUCCCACCGCCCUUCCAGUCGGCUCCAGGCUCCUGCAAGGCUGGGCAGCAGUGGGAUCGCGCAGGCGCGGCGUGCAGCUCACCGAGCGCUGAGUAGCGGAGCAGUACGCGCGGGCAUCAUCAGCCAGGAGCCUACUGGAGACCACGAGAAAACAUGGGGAGAGUUUUCCUCACGGGAGAAAAAGCCAAUUCAGUAUUAAAACGCUACCGAAGAGCUAAUGGACUUUUUGAAGAAAUCAGACAGGGCAAUAUUGAGCGUGAGUGCAAAGAAGAAGUCUGCACAUUUGAAGAAGCAAGAGAAGCUUUUGAAAAUAAUGAAAAAACUGGAAAUGAGAAUUGAACAACAUUCUACAAAAUGUCUGACUACUACUCCUCAAGCUGUCAAGAUCAUGAGGAAGAAAAAGAAGACUGAGAAACUGUCACAGACUAUAGGAGACUAAAGAGACAUGACAAUUAAAUGAAAUGUUGAUUAUACUCCAGAACAAA